AUGCCGGGCCCCUCGGAUUUCGAGGCGACAACCUCCCGAAGCUCCUGCCUUCUUUACCUUGAGCGAGGCUUGGAGGCUGAACGAGAUUCCGACCCGUCCGAUGCACCACCGCACGCAGGAAAACUUGAUCAGCAUCCCAGGCUUCUUGGUCUGGAGAACGGCCGGCGUGACGACGCAUCGUGU